CAAAGUCCCAUCUCAUUUGACCUUUUGUCUCCUGCAAUAAGUCAAGUAGUCAACAGACUGAAAUUCCCAUCACUCAAAAAAUUCUUCUGUCCUUUUUUAAAUUCGUAAAUCUUCCAAAUUGAUUUUGUCAAUCGAUUAAUGGAAAACUGGUUCUAGUUUAUUCCCAAAUCCCAAUCAAAGUCUUGUUAUUUUCAUUGUUGAUGUUCCUGCGAUUACAAAAAUGGAAGCAGAAGAAGAACUCGGAGUACUAACAAUGGCGGCAAUGUCAAAAACGACGGCAGUGAUAACAUGCGCCGGUAUGUCGGUGAUGUACGUUGCAAUACUUCACUCACCGACUCUAAUCUUCCAAUUACGUCCUCCAAAUUCCUUUAAUCAAUUCAUGAUAAGACGUUUCAUUUGUGCUGCUUUCGCUUCUCUUUUUUGUCUCUUCCUUUCGUCUUUCCUUCUUCUUCCUGUUGAGAACUUGAAGAUUACACAUCUAUUAGCCCUUUAUGGUAUUCAGACUGACCAUGCUUGGCACGCUCUGAUCUUUCCAGUGUCAUUGACUUCUCUUGUGUAUGCGGGGUCCGUGGUCUUAAAAUGUUUGUUAUUGUUGGAUUUAUGGAAUGGAGAUGGAAUUGAGGAUGUUCAACACAACUCUUUGCAUGAUGUAUAUAACAAGAUAUGUUGUAUGAUGUUAUCAAUGGCCUCAAACGUUGCAGCUUGGCGUAAUCUUGUUGUGGCUCCAAUUACUGAAGAAUUGGUCUUCAGGGCCUGCAUGAUACCUUUACUUCUGUGUGGUGGGUUCAAGGCACAAGUUGUUAUAUUUUUCUGCCCUAUGUUCUUCAGCUUGGCGCACUUGAACCAUCUGCUGGAGUUCUAUAUCCGGAAAAAUUACAGCCUGAAGAAAACUUCCAUAGCUGUCGGGACCCAACUUGCAUAUACGAUGAUUUUUGGCUCUUAUGCUUCCUUUCUCUUCAUUAGAACUGGGCAUCUGAUUGCUCCAUUAGCUGCACAUGUUGUUUGCAAUUUCAUGGGCCUGCCUGCGGUUUAUGCCAAUAGAAAAGGGGUCAUAGUAAGUUUGGCUUUCAUCACCGGGACUGUAAUGUUUGUACGUCUCCUUUUCCCUCUAACUAGUCCUACUAUGUACCAGCAUGGUAUAGAUAACUGUCAGUGCUGGCAAGGAUAUUGUAGUUGGAGCUAGAAUUUUGUUUGGAUUUUGAUAAUUGAUUUUGCUUGAUAAAUUCUACUUGUAUUGAAACUUUGCAAUCAUUUUUGUAUAAGAACUCUUUUGGGUCAACCUGCCUGAGCUGCUAUCAUUGUAUUUCCUAGUUAGAAUGCUUUAUCCGUUGUGGAAAUGUGGAGGCAUAAUGUUUUGGUGCCCAUGUCGGCCUUCGUGUCAGUGUCCUUGUUGUUUAAGUGGUGUUCCUCAUCAUGUAUGCCCCAAAUACUCUCCCUUUUCCGUUACUUGUUCUGACUUCCAAGUUGGAAGUUCCAACUGAAUCAGAGUAUGCCCACUUGAAUCGUAGAGUAGAACUACCAUAGCUGGACCAUUAGUCGAUGAUGCCUGCUGCUCGAGCCUCGAGCUCUCAAAGCUCACUCAAAACCAGGCCUCAUAAUUUUGGCUCUAGAAAAGUAGGGAAAUCGUUGAAUUCGUUUGGUAAGUUGAGGGAAGCUCUGUCUUUUCACAAGCUAGACAGGUAGGUAAUAAAAUGCCUUAGGGUAAAGUUCGAACUAGACCCGGGAUUUUUUGAGGUCAUGCUUGAGCAAGUCUAAGAAGGCAUGAGUCAAGUCGUACCAUGUCAUGCCUAUUCUACCAAAAGUAAAGCUCUAGUAGAUUCAAAUCUAGAAUUGUUCAAGUUGGAUUUAGUAAAUUCGAAUUUGAAAUAAAAUGUCAUGACUCGGGUCAAAAGGUCCAAGGGCAUUAUUGACCAUUUCAUAUUAAUUAGUCUUUGUACUUUGUAAUUACUAAUUAGAAUAAUUGUUAUCUUUUAGUUGUCUUUUUGGGGUUCAGGCUAUAUAUGGAGUCACCCUUGUAAUAAUUGUUUAGCUUUGGGAUUAAUAGAAUAAUAAGGAAAGACCUUUUAGGAGUUAGUGGGUAGACUCGAAGUGUCCAUUCUAACAGUUUCGGUAACAAGUCCGGCUGGUCUAUUACAUAAAAUUAAUUCAAUUCGAACUGAAUUGCACAUACAUGAAAAAAAAUCAAUUUAUUAAACGAGUGAACACUCAAAUGUACUUCCAUAUCUAAAAAAAGUUUGGUUGAGUGAAAAAAGGUAAAGAACAUUAGUGAUUAGUGUAAGUAACAAUAAGUGAAGUAGUGAAGGAAGGAAGGACAUGCAAAUGAUUAAAAUGCCUAAAACCUUACCUGCCUAGACCCUUCAUCCUUACUUGUAGCUGGCAGAUCGAAGAUGGAUUUGUUGACUCAGGAGUUUUUGUAUCUUUGGUUUCAGAAUUUCUCAUUAUUAGUCCCUGUGAUUCCUAUGAGUACAAACAGUAUUUUUUUCAGAUUUCCUUUCAGUUUCAUUAUUUAUGGUAUUUAAUUUAAAGCUGAAAUGACACUAUGGGUUUUAAUUAUUUUUUUAUUCUAAUAUUACACAUUUUUUAUUAAUAUUUUAAUUAUAUUUCAUCUUAGUCAACCUGGCAAAUUAGAUUAUUGACAUGAACUUUGAUUUUGUGGGGUACUUUCAACUAUACCUUACCUCACCUUACUUCACUCUUAACAUUUUCAAAGUUAAUCAAACUUUAUUGACUUCACCCUUUGCAGUUUGCCAUUUGCAAACUUGUUUCUGAAUUUUGAUUAGAUCUUCCCCAUCCAUCAGGCCAUCACUCUCUAGCUGGACAGCUUCUGAAUGAAAAGAAAAUCAUCUUUUCAAUCUGUUAACUCUCCCUUUAAAUUUAAGGAAACUUCUUAGUAUAUUCAAUGUUGUCUACUUUACUUAUUGUUACUUACACUAAUCACUAAUGUCUUUGCCUUUUUUCACAAAGUUUUAUAGAUUAAAAAUAAUUUAUCAUGAGAUUGGAAUGAAUUACAUGCAACGGUAAAGUCGAAAUUUAAGAUGAAGGUGGGCCAAAAGAUCAGACUAUAGUCAAAAUUCAUAAAAGUUUCUCAUAGGUAUUGUAAAAAGAAAAAAUUAAAAAUUGAAAAUUGGAGGUUGUAGCCAACCUCAGCAUCCCUAGCUCCACCUAUGUUUAAAUGUUAACCAUUUUCUAAGACAUUUUGAUAUUUAAGUUUUGAUUACAAAGUAAUUUGUUUAAAGGAUUUGUAGUUGAAGCUUGAGUAGUGUUCUAUUAUGAUUUUAUUAUUCGAAUUAUAGAGAAGUAUGUAAUAUGCUCUCGGUGUUCUAUUAUAAGAAAUUCAGACAAGGUGAUAUUUUAAUAUUUGUGUCAUGUUAACAUCUCAUAGAGUCAAGCUGAUCAUUGUCGAUCAUAUAUAUAUAUAAAUUUCAUCUCCAAUGACCGACAUAAAUUCUUAAACUAUAUUUGAUUCUCACUUGGGUUCACAAUUGAGAAACUUUUCAAAUGAUCAUCCAUUAUAAACUACUUAAACAAACUACUAUAUUUUGUUGGUAUAAUUAAUUGUUUAAUUUCAUUUAAUAUAGUGUUUUGUAUCUCUUUGAAUUUGCUGCUUCAGGUAUAAUGAGAACAACUGUUUUUAGGUAAUGUAUGGGGGGUAACUCUAUCAGAAUACACAUAUUGAAACCAUUAUUUAAAUAAAACCCUUUUAUUGAAUUUUGAAAUUUAAGUUUUCUUUUGAUUAUUUCAAUUUUCCGGUAGCACUUUAUUUGGUAGCAAAUGGCAAUGGUCCAGGAAAGAAAAGGUAAGUUCAAUGAUUAACCCCAAAUCCAAUGUAAGAAGAAGACAUGGGUUUUUAUGGAUAAUUGCAAUUUGCAAUCAAUAAAUUUAGGUAAAUGUUAUAAUUAAAAAAAAAACCCAGUUAACAGCUUGCUUUAACAAUACAUGCCUUUACAAUAGUUGGAGGCAUAAUCAAACAUUUUGAGACAUAUUCAUUGUUUUAAAAGCAAUAAAGCUGCAUUGUCUCUUUACAUUUGACUAUUUUAGAUUAAUUCUCUACUUUCCUUAACUUUUUUAUUAAAAAAAUAGUAAAUAAAAAAUUCUUGAAUAUAAAUUUAAAAUAUUAAUGCUAAUAAAGAAAUUUUAUGUUAAUAAAAAGUUUUUUUCUUGUAUUAUUAUUUGUUAAGUUUUUUCUUAUGCUUAUAUAAUAUUUGUCACACUUUUGAGCAUUUUUUAAUAACAAUACUACACACAAUAUUAUAAUAAUAAUAAGGAAAAUUUAUAAUUCAACUUAUGCACAAUUUUCCUAUAAUAAUUUCAACUAUCAAUUAAUCAUAAAUAAUCCUAUUUAUUAAUUCACUUAACCUGUGCUGCUGUUUGGAUUUUGUUUACCGGUUUGUCCUCUACCUUCUUCAUCCUCCUUUAAUGCUCAGUAUCUCCAUUAAUGGAAGCAGCAACAACCUCUUCAAGCUCAAGAAUUUUUUUUUUAUUUUUUUUUUUUUACAUCAAUCUCAUUCCUAUUUCCUUUCAUGAAGAGCAUUAUCUAUUCCCAUUCUUCUUCAAGUAGGAUUUCAAUUGCAAGGAAAACCCCAAGAUGUAAUUAAAAUAUGGUGUGUAACCCACAUCUUGCUCAACAAUUCUUUUAAGUUCAAAUGAAAACAAUUUAUCUAGGUCUACACUCAUUGUUUAACACAUACCACCCACGUACUCUAAUUCAACCCUAUUAUCUUAAACACCCUACCAUACCACCAUUUCACGGUAACUUCAUCAGAGUAACUAUGAACAACAAAUCAAUAAAAAUAAUCAGAUUAUAUUAGGUUAAAUUGACAAUAAAAAAAAAAUUGCAGAAAUUAUAAGAUUUAACUUACCAUUUGGAAAGGAGAAUUGCCAUAAACUGGCUUGGAGAUGAGAGAAUUGCAACGAGCUUCAAUGGUAGUUGAAUGUUUAAUGGUAAAUUAAAAAAAAAAAAAAAGUUGUUACCUAUUAAAAUCUGCAGUGGGUAACUAAACAACAGGACGGGUUAAGUGAAAUAAUAAAUGGGAUUAUUCAUGGUUAAUCAAUAGAUGAAAUUAUUGUAGAAAAAUCGUAAAUAAGUUGAAUUAUUCUGGGUAAAUUAAUCUAAUAAUAAUAAUUAUUAUUAUUAUAAAUAUUAUUAUUACAAACUUUUUUUGGAUUGGUAUUAUUAUUACAAACUUAUUUAGACUAUUGGGCGAUAAUUUAAAUUCUUGCUAAAUAAUAAAAAGUAUAUGAAGUACUACUAUUAUUUUAUGAAACAUGUACUCCUAAUUCCUAACAUGUCAAAAGUGAAAUCUCCGGUAGAUUUUUCUCAAUGAUAAAUGGCAAAUAAAAUGAUCAUUGAUUGGAACUACCAGAGAUUAUAUGCUUGUAGCUUGGGACCAUUAUUGUCAUAAAUUUGUUUAAAAUUGGAAUUAAUUUUAAAUUCUCAAUUUAUGAUUCUUCAAAUUAAGAGAAUUUAUAUAUGAUAGUGAAAAGAGGGGAAAAACUAGAAUUAAAGGGGUUGAAAUGGAUUUGAACUCUUGAUCCUCAUCCAAGAUAUGAAAUAACAAGCAUUUUACAUUAGCAAUAGGUCCCAUGAAUUUUUGCAACAACUUCUAUUUUCGUUAAAAAUUCUAUAAUUUUUUUAUUUUCUUAGAAAAAUUGUCUAGAAUAAUUCAACUUUUUAAUAAUUUUCCUAUAAUAAUUGCACCUAUUGAUUAACCAUGAAUAAUUCAAACUUUAGGGUGUAUUUGCCUAG